GGAAAGUUAACUCUUUCAGCUGCUCUGCUGGCAUCCUGGACUGUUGCGGAUGUUAGUUUGUGCUGAACGCUCUCUCCUCCCUUUCCUGGUCUUCUUUCCAGCCAUUUCCGCUCCUCCUCCAACAACUAAUCAAUCAAGUACGCCAUCGUUAAGUCCUGUUCUUGCAUGGACUCAAGACUGUUCACAAGAAUGUCCCAUGAACCGUCCAAGGAACUAGGCACUACAUACACUUUAUGUGUCUCCAUAUAUUUCAUUCCCAUUUCUUCCAACUCGAGGAAUGUCCGUCUCAUGUUCUGCAAAUGUAUGGACACACACUCUCCUGGCUUCAGCUGUGCCUUAUACAGUCUCCUAGUCAGCAACACUUUACUGCCCGCAGUGUCUCUCACAUACACACAAUGUCUCCCAGCACUCUUUUGCAGACUGGAGACCCCUCAUGGGUAUUAGCUGACUAUUUUUCAAGGCAAGGAUUAUGCUGGCUAAUGCCUUUUCAUUUUUUCUCUGAUCCCCAUCAUCCAGGACUGCUGGUGGAUUAGUAACAAUUGUCCACAACUCUGUUGUGACCCAGGCCCAAGUAGGUAGUAGGAAAGUCAGUGAAAAAACAAACAAACUUUAUUCAAACAGCUGAGAAUUACUUCAUUCCCAGCAUAGUUCAACUUAAUUAAAGCAAAUUCCUCCCAACACAAAUUCCUCAGUCCUAUCACAAACCUUGGUCCAAUUAGGCAAACUGCCAAAGGCCUUUCUUGGCAAACAUUCAGAAGUCACCGAUACAAAUAAAUGCGAGAAGACUAAGCCACCAACAUUGUUUUCCGGCAAAGCCCAAAUGCUGUUGCUGAUCUGUUUUAAGCCUUAUGGGAGAGGCCAAUCAUCUCUUGGUCCUACUCCCAAGUCGUCCUCUUUGCUUGAGCUGCUCUUGCUUUCUGGUAGCUCUUCUCAUGCGUGCAUUAGGAACAGGUUCCUCCUGUUCUUCUGCCUCACUACUAUCAGUCUCUGGAGGCUCUGGAGUCCGCACCUCAAUCCCCAAUGGCCCUGGCCCCACCUGAGCCUCAUCGCUGUCCGACUCCGUUGCCAGCUCCGCAGGCUGCUGCGGACCACAACAAACUCCUCUCUCUGCAGGUACAUCUCCAUCUUCAUAUUCCAGGAGAGGUAAUUAGUCUCAUUUGUCCAAGACACCAGAAAACCUCCUCCCAUUACACUGACAGAAGCCAUGCUGCCUGCUAACCACGAUUUAAACCACUUACUGUGGUGCAAGCUCACACUGGGAUUAUCUUCUCUCUAGGCUCACUAGUCACUCUGGCCUUCAUUGUGGACUAGGCCCCAUAACCUGUCAGAGUUUAGGCAGUGUGACUAGUAUUAUAAGAUAAAUCCAGGAGCAAAACACAGCACACAGCACACAGAGCCUUUAGAUAAUUAGCAGUGGUUUUAUCUACAGCUAAAUUUAUAUGUGGUAAAUACCUUAUCAUACAGCUACUGACACAAGAGCAAUGAGAUACAUGACAAGAGAGAACAUGAGGAGAAGGGAGACGCCCUCUAAUGGCUUCCCUUAUAUAGACAGCUUCUUACCCGGCUUCUUAAAGUGGCAGUAACCAUGCUGCCUCAUUCCCAUUGCAUCAGCUUUCAGUUGCCUCCGCUUACAACCUCUCAUCAGCUUACAGCUAUUAAAUCUACAUACUUUGACAGAAUAGAAAUAUUAAAUUGACUAUGUCAACUGCAUAUAAAGAAAAUUUGUAUAAAAUGUUCUAUAGAUGGCAUUUUGCACCAACAAGAUUGGCAAAAAUGUAUAAAGAUAGAUCUGCUAAAUGUUGUAAGUGCAAUCAAAUACCUGAAUCAUAUUACCAUAUGUCGGUGUUGGCAAACCUUUAUGGCACUGAGUGCCAAAAUGGGAAUGAGCGCACAUGCGUGCAUGCCUGAAACCAGAGGAGCAGAUAAUCUUCUGGUUUCCGGCACGUGCAUGUGCGCUGCCCACCUAGUCUUCCGGUUUCUGGAGCGCAUGCAUGUGCAAAGACCAGCUGUCCAGUGUGCAUGCGCCAGAUCCGCCUGGCCUUUUGGGGGUCCUUGCACCUCCCGGUCCCCAUUCGGGUAGUGGGAUAUCCCUACCAACAACCCAAUUUCACAGCCCUGGAGAGGGAGUGAAAGUUGGGCAGGGAAUGCCGCCUCCCUUCGCUGAAAAGCUGGAGCCCCUUCCCAGCCACUUCUGCAACACGGACUCUGCUCCUGUGCAGCUCCACUGCCCCAGAUGAGCAGCAGCAGCAGUGGCAGCUGCAGGGCAAGGGGCAGGAGCAAUCGACCAGCCCCUGCAGCCACUCCCCUGUCAAUGAGCUGGGGCCUUGGCCCGUGUCGCCCCCGGCAGUGGCAGGAGCAGCAGGCAGGGCAGCCAUCCACCCAGCCAACAAAUGUUGCCCGGCUCCCUGUAUGCCAGAGCCAGUCAGGUGCUCUGGACUAUGGACGCACAUUGGUGCCACGGGCUGGGGCCGCGCAAGAAGCUCACUUGGACAGGGAGCGAGGGAAGCCCUGUUCUGCCCAUCAGCUCUGCUCCCUUUGCUCUUCCAGGUUCUGGUGCGCCAGCCAGUUGGUCUUCAUGUACAGAGGAGUGCCAGAAACUGGAAGAGCAGCCACCCGAUGCACAUACACGUGCUGGGAGGAUGAUCUUCUGGCUUCCAGUGCACGCAUGCGCAUCGGCCAGCUGGACUUCGCAUGCAUGCCAGAAACCAGAAGACCAGGUGGCCAGCGUGCACACUGGAAGAUCAUCUUCCCAGUAUGUGCAUGUACACCAGGUGGCUGCUCUUCCAGUUUCUGGUGCUCCCACACACGUGAAAACCAACUGGCUGGUGCGCCGGAAUCCAGAAGAGCAACGGGUGAUGCCUCACGUACCUGGAGAGAUGGCUCUGUGUGCAACUUCUGGCAUGAAUGCCAUAGGUUCUCCAUCAUGGCCAUAUGUGGUGGACAUGCCCAAAAGCUAAAAAAUAUUGCACAAAAAUACAUACUUGGUUGGAAAAAAUGGUAAAGCAACAUAUAGACUUGAAACUAGAAAUAUUUUUAUUGGGCAUUUUGCCAGAAAAAUAUGAUAAAAGGACUAUAUAUUUGAUUUUAAAUAUACUAACUGCAGCCAGAAUUGUAUUUGAGAGUGUAAUUAAGAAAAUAUUAGACUGUGCAGAAAUGGAUAGACUAAUGCUUACUAUUAAGGACAAAGAAGAAACUGAAUAUUUUUUCAUAUGGGACCUAUUUUACCAAUGGUUAGACAAUAGAAAGAGAAGUUCGAAAUGUGGGGACAUAAACAGGAUAAAUGUUAAAUGGAGAUUUGUUAAAGUAGAUAAGUUAAAUAUUAUUGUUAUUAUAGUAUUAAUGUUAUUGUGAUGAAUACUUGUAAACAUUUUUAUUAUGAUUGCCUAAAACAAUUGUACCCAGACACCACGCUGUUCGAUGGAAAUUGAAUUAGUUUAUCUUAUAUAGAUAAAAUAAAUAAAACAUGAAAAAAAAUAGUUUGCAAAUAGAUUUAGCAGUUUAAAAAAUUUGGGAGGGCCUGUUUCUCAAGCAGUGGGAAAUAUUAUCAUAGUAAUGUUUCAAUCAGUAUUUGACUGGGGGGAAUAAUAUGUUUAUAUGUAUUGGGGUUUUUUUGAGGUAUCUUUUUCUUUUUUAAUGUUUUGAUUGUUUGGGGUUUUUUGUGUUUUUUAUUUUUUCUCUUUUUUGGAUUUUUUUGGAUUUUGGGGGGAGUUUUGUAUUUUGUAUUUGUUUUGAAUAAAAUAAAAAUAUAUGCAAAAAAGUAGCAUAGUUGGCUGUGUCUCAUCCAGUUUUAAGCCUCCUACAUUAGGGGUCCUCAACCCCCAGGCUGCGGACCAAUACCAGGUCAUGGUCCAUUUGGAACUAAGCGUGAGCAGAAUGUAAAUGGGCACUCAUGAAGAUCCAUUUGUACAAACGACUUUGGGGAUAUUCAACAUUUUCUCUGGUACUGUCCAAAUUCCCAGAUCUAUCAGAUAUUUUGUUUCUGAAUAUGCUUACCACAGCAGUCUUCCUGCCCACAGCAUGACUGCUUUUAAAAUAACUACCACCAAAAUUAUUUCUUAUGCUUGCCCUAUAUAAACUGCACAGAAUUUUUAUGAAACUGCACAUAAAACAAACACCUCAACAUAGUGUCAAAUUUCAAUAAAAUUUAAUAAAAUUGUUGCAAACUGCAAAUAGAGUCUUUAGUUUAGUUAGUUCAGUUUAUUAAAUUAAAGAGUCUUUAGUACUCUCUGAGCUUAAUUGUUUGCUUGCAGUUGUUUUAUUACCUGACUGGCUAAUAUUAUCAAUCCUAGUGAACAUAGGGUUGGUUGAACAGAAAAGCAGAAAAAAAAAGCAGAAAAAAAGUCCCACCAGGCCCAAGGUUGACUCAGCCUUCCAUCCUUUAUAAGGUAGAUAAAAUGAGGACCCAGAUUGUUGGGGGCAAUAAAAGUUGACUUUGUAUAUAAUAUACAAAUGGAUGAAGACUAUUGCUUAACACAUUGUAAGUCGCCCUGAGUCUUCGGAGAAGGGCGGGAUAUAAAUUUAAAAACAAAACAAAACAAAAACAAAACAAAACAACAACAACCUAACAGAAAAUAAUAUUUUAAUCAAGAACGUAUACCCAGGAGAAAUCCACAUCCCCACCAAUACCAGCAAGGCAAGACACUUUAUAUUAACAGCAAGCAACUUACCAUACACACACUACCACUGAUGAGGAUACCUAGUCAGGCAAGAAAAGUCUGCAAAUAAAUAAUCAAUAAUCAGAAAACACCAAGGAUUCCAGUAGUAAAAUCUAAUUUUUUUUACUACUGGUUCUGUGGGUGUGGCUUGGUGGGCAUAGUAGGGGAAGGAACUGCAAAAUCUCCAUUCCCACCCCACUCCAGGGGAAAGAUACUGCAAAAUCUCCAUUCUCAUCCCACUCUGGGGCCAGCCAGUGGUGGUAUUUGCCAGUUCUCCAAACUACUCAAAAUUUUUGCUUCCAGACCUCCAAAUUGCUCAAAGUUUCCAUUACUGGUUCCUCAGAACCUGUCAGACUCUGCUGGAUUUUACCCCUGAAGGAUUCCAUAGUUCAACCUUGAGCUGCUAUAUAUUUAUUUAUUAGUUAAAUUUAUUUGCCACCUAUCUCACCAUGGAGUUAUUCUAGGUGACUUACAACAAUAAAAUAUAUUCUAUUAAAAAGUGCUGAAUAUAGACAUAUUUGCAACUUUUCCUACAACUAGUCAUAAGCUACUCAUGCUUCUAGGGGAAAGCAAUUCAAUGUAUUGGGAACGUUUUGACAGCUAAGGCACAUGCAAAAAAAGUAUUACUAUUUCCAACAUCUUCAAAACUAUGUAGGCAUUAUCUACAUAAAGCCAAUAUUUUAAAUUGGCCCAAACAAGUAUUUAUUUGACCCUCAGUAACAUCAUUUGUUUAUACUUCCAAUAAGAUCAUACAAGAAAAUGUAUAUGACCAUUUAAUUAUAUCACAUAAUACAAGUACCCAAACACACGAAGCAUGUUUUCCCACAAUUAGCUGGGUUAUUCAAGUCAGAGAUAUUUAACAGUAAACCAGAUGCAUAACCAACGUAGUUUCUUUUCCUGUAAAAUUGAACAGGAAACACAUGGUAACAAAUAAAUACAUAUUGUUACCCCAAAUGUCAGCCUCGUGCCCUUUCUGAUAUUGAACUACAAGAUAAGACUGCAAGAGGACAAAAAGAAAAGACUUCUGAAUAGUUCCUCUUGGAAAAGAGGUAAAAGAGGUAUUAAAGAACAGAAGGAACGCAAACAUGGAGGAAGAUGAUUACUAUGCAUUUCUUAGCAACAACACUUCGGAUGAAAGCUACUCAUAUGAAACCUUUUUGGGGUUCAAACGAAUUUUCCUUGUCUGCAUAUAUUCAUUUGCUUGCAUCUUUGGAGUGACAGGAAACUCUUUGGUUAUCAUAAUUCUGGUUUUUUACAAAAAAGUGAAAAUGCUUACAGACAUAUUUUUAGUGAGCCUAGCUAUUGCUGAUUUUAGCUUUCUUUGCACACUGCCUUUUUGGGCUUAUUCUGCUGCAGAAGAGUGGAUCUUUUACACUCUCCCAUGUCAAAUCAUCCUUGGUUUUUAUACCUUGAAUCUGUAUGGUUCCAUGUUAACGCUCACUUCUAUAACUAUUGACAGAUACUUUGUAAUUGUGCAAGCGACCAAAACUCGUAUCAGUCAACACAAAAGAAAAUUCUGGGGUAUAGUGGUCUGUAUUUCAAUUUGGAUAAUCUCUCUGCUGCUUGCUUUGCCACAGUUCAUCUUCAGUACAGAGGAAAAAUUAGACAAAAAGAUAUGUUUUGCAAAUUAUUCUUCACAGUUUAUGAAGUUGUUCACAGAAACAAUUCAGAUGACACUUGGAUUCUUCUGUCCUAUGCUCAUCAUGAUUAUAUGCUACUCAAUCAUUGUAAAAACUUUACUCAGUGCUAAGGGCUUCCACAAGCACAAAUCCUUACAAAUAAUAUUUGCUAUUGUUGUAACUUUCAUUUUCACACAAAUGCCCUACAAUCUUUUGAAACUCAUACGGGCUUCAGACCGUAAUAUCAUGCUCAGCAACAGGUUUGAAUAUGCUUUGAUCAUCACAGAAGCAAUUGCUUAUUUCCAUGGUUGCCUCAACCCAGUUCUCUAUGUCUUUAUUGGUGUGAAGUUUAGAAAGAACUUAGCAAAAGUUCUAAAAAAUAAUUGUUGUGUUAAACAUCAAGUUACAAGACAAUGGCAAGCAAAUGAUGAAAAUGUCUCCAAAAGUGGUACUGCCACAAAUAAUGCAGAAGAAACCAGCAUGAUUCCCUUAUAAUCUUCAGCUGAUUUCUAGUUGCCCUGAGCACUCAUUAAAAAAAGCAGUACAUAUUGCACAUUUCUCAAUAUACUUAUUGUCAGAUCCCUAUUGUGAUACUGCCACUCAAGUGGAGAGGGGACCCCAGAUUUUCUUACUCACUUAUGGCUCUCAUCCUGUUUUCCUAUGUAUCCUGUAAUUCCCUAGUUUAUAACUGUUACUUUGGCACCUAUUCUGUCCUGUGCUUUGAUAUACCUUGGGGAGGUACAAGGGAGGAGGGACAUCUGUUUUCUGUCAGUUUGGAAGCCUCAUAGAAGAAAUGCAUGGGAAGACUCCUUAUCUCUUUCUCAGGACAACCGUUUCCACAACUUCCUUGCACCUGUGUAUUGGCUCAUUCUACAUCAAACUGAGGGAAGGGGUUUCUAACAACUUUAUCUUAAUGGAAUUGCAUGAGGAGAACUUAGACCCUGCUUUGCAUUGUCUUGCAUUCACUUCCUUUCAAUAAAAGUUUCCUUUUGAAAUGCUAAAGUUUCAAGAGUCCAUGCUUUCUUGAACAAGAGGUAGAGGCAGGUCCUUUCAUAAAUUAGGGUAUGCAAAAGUGGUGAACCCGGAGAAGCAAACUUGCUCUACCAGGGGACCCUGCACAUAA